AUGGGCCGCGCCGCGCCGCGCCGAGCCGCGCCGCCUCGGGAGCCGGGCCCGGGGCCCCGCCGCCGCCGCCGCUGCCGCGCGCGGGACAGAUUGAUUCACUUUGGAGCUAUAAGUACUGAUGUAUUAGGGUGCAGCGCUCAUUGUUCAUUGACGCAGAGUCUCAAAAUGAAUGUUCAAGAGCAGGGUUUCCCCUUGGACCUCGCAAGUUUCACCGAAGAUGCCCCCAGACCUCCAGUGCCUGGUGAGGAGGGUGAACUGGUGUCCACAGACCCCAGGCCCGUCAGUCACAGCUUCUGCUCUGGGAAAGGUGUUGGUAUUAAAGGCGAGACUUCAACAGCCACUCCAAGACGCUCAGAUCUGGACCUGGGGUAUGAGCCUGAGGGCAGUGCUUCACCCACCCCACCGUACUUGAAGUGGGCCGAGUCAUUGCACUCCUUACUAGAUGAUCAAGAUGGGAUAAACCUGUUUAGGACUUUCCUGAAGCAGGAGGACUGUGCUGACCUGCUGGACUUUUGGUUUGCCUGCAGCGGCUUCAGGAAACUGGAGCCCUGUGACUCCAAUGAGGAGAAGAGACUGAAGCUGGCCAAAGCUAUUUACCGAAAAUACAUCCUUGAUAACAAUGGCAUCGUAUCCAGGCAAACUAAGCCGGCCACCAAGAGUUUCAUAAAGGACUGCAUUAUGAAGCAGCUGAUUGAUCCUGCCAUGUUUGACCAGGCCCAGACUGAAAUCCAAUCUACCAUGGAGGAGAAUACUUACCCCUCAUUCCUCAAGUCUGAUAUUUAUUUGGAAUACACGAGGACAGGUUCAGAGAGCCCAAAGCUCUGUAGUGACCAGAGCUCUGGGUCAGGGACAGGGAAGGGCAUAUCUGGAUAUCUGCCCACUUUGAACGAAGACGAGGAAUGGAAAUGUGACCAAGACAUAGAUGAAGAUGAUGGCAGAGACCCUGCUCCCGCCGGCAGGGUGACCCAGAAGCUGCUCCAGGAAACAGCUGCCCCUCGGGCCUCCUCAAGUAGACGGUACAGCGAAGGCAGAGAAUUCAGAUACGGAUCCUGGCGGGAGCCUGUCAACCCCUACUAUGUCAACUCUGGCUAUGCCCUCGCUCCAGCCACCAGCACCAAUGACAGUGAGCAGCAGAGCCUCUCCAGCGACGCGGACAGCCUGUCCCUCACUGACAGCAGUGUGGAUGGAAUCCCACCGUACAGGAUCCGAAAGCAGCACCGCAGGGAGAUGCAGGAGAGCGUCCAGGUCAACGGGCGAGUGCCUCUACCUCACAUUCCCCGCACUUACCGAAUACCAAAGGAAAUCCGCGUGGAGCCCCAGAAGUUCGCUGCGGAGCUCAUCCACCGCCUGGAGGCUGUUCAGCGGACUCGGGAGGCAGAGGAGAAGCUGGAGGAGCGACUGAAGCGCGUGCGGAUGGAGGAAGAAGGGGAGGAUGGCGAUGUGUCCUCUGUCCCCCCAGGGGCCAGCCAUAAGCUGCCUUUGGCCCCAGCCUGGCACAACUUCCCACCCCGCUACACGGACGUAGGCUGCACAGGGCUGCGGGAUGCACACGAGGAGAACCCCGAGAGCAUCCUGGACGAGCAUGUGCAGCGGGUCAUGAGGACUCCAGGCUGCCAGUCACCCGGGCCUGGCCACCGCUCCCCUGACAAUGGACAUAUGCCCAAGAUGUCAGGAGUGCUGGGAGGAACAGCCCUGGGGCACAGUAAGCAUGUGCCCAAAUUGGGGGCAAAGCUAGAGGCAGCUGGCCUGCAUCUUCAUAGGCACAGCCACCACCACAGCCACCAUGGUGUGGCCAGGCCCAAGGAGCAGGCUGAGGCCGAGGCCAUCCGCCGGGUCCAGAGCAGCUUUGCGUGGGGCCCGGAGCUGCACAGUCACUCAGCCAAGACCCGAAGCCACUUGGAGAGUGUGGGCACCAACCCCAAUGCCAGUGACAGCCUGGCCUACAGUGGGAAGGCGGGCACAAGCUCCAAAAGAAAUGCCAAGAAGGCUGAGUCAGGGAAGAGUGCCAGUGCUGAGGUGUCAGGCCCUUCAGAGGACGCGGAGAAGAACCAGAAGAUCAUGCAGUGGAUCAUUGAGGGCGAGAAGGAGAUCAGCAGGCACAGGAAGGCUGGCCACGGGUCUUCUGGGGCGAAGAAGCAGCAGAUUCACGAGAGCUCCAGGACCUUGUCCAUUGAGCGUCCUGGGGCUGUGCACCCUUGGGUCAGCGCUCAGCUUCGGAACUCUGUCCAGCCCUCUCAUCUCUUCAUUCAAGACCCCACAAUGCCACCCAACCCGGCCCCCAACCCCCUGACCCAGCUGGAGGAGGCCCGCAGGCGUCUGGAGGAAGAAGAGAAGAGAGCCAGCAAGUUGCCCUCAAAGCAGAGGUAUGUGCAGGAGGUCAUCCAGCGGGGGCGCUCUUGCGUCAGGCCGGUGUGCACGCCCGUGCUGAGCGUGGUGCCAGCAGUGUCCGACACGGAGCUCUCCGAGACAGAGACGAAGCCGCAGAAGAAGGCAGGAGGUGGGGGUGCCCAGCUGUGUGACAGCAUCGUUGUGGCCUAUUACUUCUGUGGAGAACCUAUCCCCUACCGGACCCUGGUGAGGGGCCGGGCAGUCACCCUGGGCCAGUUCAAGGAGCUGCUGACCAAGAAAGGCAACUACAGAUACUACUUCAAGAAAGUGAGUGACGAGUUUGACUGUGGAGUGGUGUUUGAAGAGGUUCGGGAAGAUGAGGCCAUCUUGCCUGUCUUUGAGGAGAAGAUCAUCGGCAAAGUGGAGAAGGUGGACUGA